AGCACCGGCUCUGGGUCUGCUUCAGCAGCGAUGUCCCCGAUGUUCCAGGAGGAGCAGCACAGCUUCUCUGGGUCAGAAGACCCUUUUUAUCCUGUUUUGUGUCCCAUUGAUUGGUUUCUUUUUGUAUCCUUCAUGCAAAUCCAGUUUUAGACGCUUGAUUGGCCCAUUACAAUUCUGUCCAGGCCAGCUCAUUUUGCUUGGGGAGUGGUGCACUUCACUUAGGUGUAAUUUCUUAUAACUACCCUUUUAACCCCUUUUGCAAUAUAACAACCAAACUAACAGUACAUGCUUAACAAUUAUCAACUAUUUUACAACCGUUUCUAAGCUAUUUUUAACAUCUGGGGCUGGAGGAAUAAAGCUAGCGCUCUGUGAGAUCAGGGCCUGAGCGGUUUAAGGGGAAGGGAGAUGAUGUGGGGAUCCACUCAGGCCUGCUUGGGGGCCUAAAGCUGAUCCUGACCCAAGUGGGGUUGAGACUAAGGGAUAAUUCUCCUUUCUUCUAUCCCUGCAAGGAUGAAUGUUUGCUAAUUACAGAGAUCUUUUUAUGGAUUGAAGGCAGGACUGAAAAACUGACUUAGUUUCAUGCAAACCACGAGUAACCCAUGUCAGUGAAUACAUACACACAUAGAGAGAAUAUAAAUUAAAUAUUCCACAUUGGCAAAACCAUCUGACUUAGAUCCCGACUCUGACUUAGAUCCUGCCAAUGCCUGAAACACUUGCAGCAUUCACAAAUUCAUCAUAACCUGACCUUUCAAAAAAAGAGCAGUCCAGGGGUCUUCCUCCUGCCUGUGAUUAUGAAAUGUUUUUAAAUGUUUACUAUUUAAUGCAACAGAUUUAAGUAUUUAGGUGAGUUCUUCCUAGAGAAUGAAUUAGCUAUCAGAUAUUGAGUAUUUUGCAUGAAAAUUUAGAUUCCUAUGAUAGAAAGGGAUGUGAUGUUCUUGUUUAGAAGGAUUUAAACUAAAAUAAUUUGAUUUCCUGGAAAAGGCCAAGUUCUAAAAACCAACAGGUAUAACAGGAUAAACACAUCCCCACCUCAACCUGAUUCCAUGAAAUUUCACAUUUCUGAACUAUACAAAAUCCAAAAUAACUUCGGUAUCACUUCAGCUCUUGUGGAAAAUGAAGACCUCAUGUCUGUUAAAUCUCUGUGCUCCUGAGACAACACAAAACCCCACAGCAGUGGUGGGAGAAGGGAAAGAAGCACCCACAACGUGGAGCAAGGCCUGGGGGAGUAUCUGAAGUGGUUGCAAGCAGACUCUGGAAACAUGGGACACAUGCAUACCUAAAUUGUCAUUAAAAAUAUGGAGAACAACCUGGGGAGGAUUUGCAGUAUAGCAGGGUUUGGGGCAUUCUCAGCUGCCAUACUUCUGGGAAAAAGGGAUUGAGAACAGAUUCCCUGCUCAUGUCUUUUCAGCUGGGAUGGCUCUAGAGUCUUAAAAAUCUGCUUUCUGUUAGGAAAAAACUAUAAAAUGUUCAGCAAAAGGUGAAAAACACGUCUUUCAUUGGCAUAAAAUCAGGAGAUUUCCUUGCAGGAGGGCGUAAUGAAAAUUCCCUAGAAAGUAGAAUACAGAAAGAAUAACUGCCGCUGGCAGCAAACUCCAACUCUCAGCAAAUACAUGCGUUACAAAUCUAACAAAACAAACAAACAUCACUCAAAGCCUUGCAUGUGUGUACAAGCCAGGUUUAACAAUUUUUUUUAACUUUAGGAUUGGGUCUUAAAUUGUACAUAAUUGGUCAAGUCCUUUCUUACUUCUAUUUCCCACUUUAGUUCUUAAAAUUUGGUGUCUAUUGAACCCUGUUUUAGGGCUUUUUCUAAACCCAAGAAGGAGAAUUUUGUUAACAGUGCAAUAAAAAUAACUUCAUAGUGUUACAAGGAAACAUUAAAGACUUUUUUUUUGUGUGUGCUGCUCUUUCCCUUAAAAAAAAAUACAGACAUUGUUUCUUUAAAAGGCUCCAUCUGCAAAUCCCAUUAGAUGUGCAUAUAAGGUUUCAGAUGAUUAAUAGCUGCCUGCUUUGCUUUGGUUGGAGGGGCUGAGGGUAUGUGUGUUAACCCCUCCCUCCCCUCGCUCACAUUUCACUUCACAAACUUGUCACUGUCUCCCCAGCACAGUAUUUAAAAAGUGUUUCCCCCAUGCCCAGCCCUUCACAAGGAAGCAGCUCAUGGCAACCCCUGCCUAAAUCUGGUUGGCAAUGAAGACCUUUAAAACCAGAGUUUCUAAAGUAGCAAACCUGCAGCAGCAUCAAACUGCUGUUUAGGGAGGAGAUCUACUCUGUCAAAUUUGGAGGAGUUUCUGUCUGCUUCUCUUCUGCUUCUGGAGGCUGAGCUGUCAGCAGGCAGGAGCCCUGAGGCGUGGGCAGGACUGGAGGCAGAUGGAUCCCAGCAGCAGCAGCUGCAUGCGCAGCCCACAGCCUCCCUCCCUGCUCUGGGGCUGUGUGAGGAGCUCCCACAGCGACCUGAGCACAGCUCCAGGGCUCAGCCACUACCCAGCAGCACCGUUCUCCUUCCAGCAAAAAGCAGAUUUUGCUGCUUACUCCGAUUUCUCAGCCUCCUGCCUGGUGCCAGCUCCCCACGGCUUCCCGCAGGAGCAGCACCCCUCAUUCCAGCACCCCGAGUGGCACCUGGCAGCACCUGAGGCCACAAGAGGAGCAAACCCAGGGCUGGCCUUGGCUUCUGGAGAGUCUGAGGGCAGCAGCACCAGCCUAGUGAGUGUGGCUGUGGAUGAAGAGGAUGAGGCACCAGCAAAUCCUACAAGUGACUCUGAGAAAAAGCCAUCCAGAAGGAAAAAGGAAAGCUCAGAGAAGCAGAGCUCCAGCAACAAGGCGGAAAGCAGCAGCAAGUCACGGAAGGAAAGGACAGCUUUCACCAAGGAGCAGCUGAGGGAGCUGGAAGCUGAAUUUGCCCACCACAACUACCUGACAAGGCUGAGGAGAUACGAGAUAGCUGUGAACCUGGAUCUCACCGAAAGACAAGUCAAAGUAUGGUUUCAAAACAGAAGAAUGAAGUGGAAACGUGUUAAAGGUGGGCAAGCAGUGCCCCCACACGAACAUGACACAGAGGAUGUGGACUCUGCUGCCUCCCCCAGCUCUGAGUAGUCCCUGCAGCGAUGGGAGAGGAGUUUGGAGAAAGUCAUUGACUGGAAUGUGGGUGCAACUGCUUAGAAUCAGCUCCACAAAGAGACCAUAGUCUUUAAAAGGUGAUGAUGCUUGAGGUUACGGAGACAAUUAAAGAGCACAGGGGGGAAAAAGCCAAAGGACAGCAUGGUUUUGAUUUUUGUCUCUCAAACUGUCUUACUACCACAGAUGUGUCUACAGAAAAAAACAACAACAAACACUGAAUAUAAAACAGGAGUAAUGUUGUAGAGACUCUCAAAUAUCCAGAAAAUCCAGAUUGUUAGUCAGCACACACAGCUCUGUCCUCAUCCAGGCUUCCCUGGUCACACCUAUUCAGUCUGCAUUUGGACUUGACAAUGCACAUUUUCCCUGUGCCCUACUUGGAGAGAAAUAAAUGCUUUGAUAGUCACUGAUUUUUCUUGCAAAAUGAGUUGGACACCUGUAUGAAUAGACAAUAAGAUUACAAAAUAAAAUGUGAGUCUAAAAAUAGAUAUAUACAGAAGUCUGCUCACCAGUUUUAGAAGAGAGGCUUUCCCACUGACAGUCCAAGAAGGUCAGUGCCUUGUUGAGGGCAGCAAUUUGCAGAGGGAGAUUUCUUCCAAGCUUACUGUAAAUCCUGAAAUUAAAUUGCUAGAUCUCAAUUUCAAAUAUUUUUUCAAAGCAGUCAUUACCAAAUGUCCCAGCAGGCACAGCAGAGACUGAACUCUCAACACAACAGCUAAAAUAUCACCAUUUUGGUUUCAAGUUUUCCAAUAAACUGCCACAGCACGACCAGGAGUCUUAAGACUACUUAAGAACAUUCCCGGUUUAAAUUAUCCCCACUUUCGACCAAAAUUUAUAGCGUAUCAAAUCAUGAUGAUUUAGAAAAGCAUAGUGCCUGCUCCCAUUUCUUAUAUCUUUUUUUUCAUCUACUAAUGCCAUAUUUUAAGCAGAAUUUUACACUAGUGUACCACAUUAUGACCAUUGAGAAUACUGAAACUCUGGGUUAAAUAUUUCAAAGGUGACCAUUAUUUGCAGCUAGAGCCUUUCACCUUACUCUGAUGCUGUUGUGGUUGCAUGUGAACUGUAGAUAUGCUGGGUACAAAUUUGUAUAUCUGGAUUAUAUGUUUAUAAAGCUGUUAGUGGUAAUUCCACUUGUAAAAGACCUCAAAAAUUAUAAAUAUCAAUUUUUUAAAAAAACAA